AUGGUUAUUGUCCCAACGCCAGCUAAGCCCCCGAGAAUAAUAAACUUUCUCAAGCCUUACGUUCUGAAAAUGCACUUCACUAGCAAGUUUGUAAGUGCCCAAGUGAUCCAUUCCCCUAUUGCUACUGUCGCGUCCUCAGCGAGCUCACAGGAGAAGGCUUUGAGACCGAGCAUUGACUCGACUGGAGACGUGGCUGCAGCUGCGAAGAUAGGAAAGAUACCGGCAGAGAGGCUGCUGCUCAAGGGCAUCCCUGCUGUUGAAGUCCACUUGAAAAGAGAACAAAAGUAUCAUGGCAAAGUUAAGGCAGUCAUCGAUUCCAUGAGAGAAGCAAGUGUGAAGUUGCUUUGGGAACUCCUAAACUUAUUGGCUGAAUUUGUUUUAAGACUUAUAAUCAGGGUGAGAAUGGUUGAAAAUGAUGAGCCUGCCGCUCAACUCUUAAAUACUGAAGUCGUUGCAUCCAUACAAGUUGGUUCAGAGUCCAAUAUAGAUCAUUGA